UUUUUUCACUGUUCAGUACUCACAAUCAAAAAGAAAGAAAGCAGAUCCAAAGUGGGGUGUGCGUGUGUGUUUGCUUGUUAAGCUGUCAAUCAAAUCAAUCAAUCAAAUCAGCUUGAGUUGAGUUGAGGCCAUAAAACAAUUUUUUCUUGUAGAAAAACAAAAAGGAUAAGAAUGUCCUCCUCUUCUUCUUCGACUUCUACCCUGUCUUCAUUGAACCACAACCUCCCUCCUCCUUCCGAGCAGCUCUGUUAUGUCCAUUGUAGCAUCUGUGACACUGUCCUUGCGGUGAGUGUUCCAUCUACAAGUUUGUUCAAGACUGUCACGGUUCGAUGCGGCCACUGCACGAAUCUGUUGCCUGCGAACAUGCGCGGAUUGCUUUUCUCACCCUCUAAUCAGUUUCACUUGGGUCACUCUUUCUUUACUCCCUCUCACCAUAAUCUUAUGGAGGAGAUCAUCCCAAACCCAUCUCAACAUAACCUUCCCUUCAAUCAAACAAGUGCAAGUGACUUUGCUAUGCCAAAUCGAGGAGUGGCUGAUGAGAUUCCAAGGCCUCCAUUCAUCAACAGACCCCCGGAGAAGAGACAGAGAGUGCCCUCUGCGUACAACCGAUUCAUCAAGGACGAGAUCCAACGCAUCAAGGCUGGAAAUCCAGAUAUAACACACAGAGAAGCAUUUAGUGCAGCGGCAAAGAAUUGGGCCCACUUUCCACAUAUUCACUUUGGUCUCAUGCCUGACCAGACUGCAAAGAGGGCUAACGUGCUCACCCAGGAAGGAGAGGUUGUCCUGAUGAAAGAUAAUUUCUCCACUACAACUACUGCUAAUCGGGAUGGGGAUUCGAAUUUGGGUAUCACCAAGUCGAGUAUAUGUCUUAACCAUAUCGGUCGAGGGGUUGUCGGCUCCGUUCAAUGUCCUUUGGUGUUGAUAUUACUUCCAGCCUAUAUACUAGGGAACUUAAUUUCUAAUGUAUUUUCUUUGUGUGGCAAUCAACCUUGUAAUCUUUUAAAUUAAUGUCUAACAAUUCAGGUAUUCCAGGUA